AUCAAAGUCUCGGGUCGCCAUCAUCUUCAAAGAGGACGGAAGGGAAAGACUCUCAGAAUGGGGUCCAGGCCGCAUCGUCCAGAUUUCUCUCCCUGUCCCUACAAGCCGGACGCCCACUCCCAGGCAGCCCCUUCCAGGGAGCAUGCGAGUCUCCCCGGCUGAGGUCGGGCCCCCUUCACGGACGCGGCUCCUCCGCACCGCAGGCGCCCGGGCUGGGGGUCCCCCUCCGGAAGCGCCAGCAGCGGGCAACUCCCGCCGGGCCCCGCGCCCACCCCGCCCGGGCGCGAGCCGGGACACCCCUCCUCGGAGGCCGGAACCGCGCGCCAGGCCCCUCCCACAGGAAGCCGCCGCCCCCCGGCGCCCGCCCUGCGCUGCCCCGGCCCCUCGCGCCGCCCGCCGCCCCUGGCUGCCCCGCGCCAUCCGCUCGCUGCCGAGCCCCCCCCCCAGUGCCCGCGCCACCUACCUGCCGCGGCCACACCAGCGGCGCCUAACUCCGCUCCACUUCCGCCUUCCAGCGCCCGCACUCGGGCCGGGUCACGUGGGCGCGCGCGGUCACCUGACCCGGAAGAGGCUGGCCGGGGCGCGCAGGUGCGGACCACCUAGACCCGGGCGGCGAGCGUUUGGCCCGCUGAGUGCAGGAUGGAGAGGACUGUCGCGGCUGCGCCCGAGUGGGCGUAUAAAAUGAGGGCUCACCGGGCACCAGGGGCUUUAUGUAUUCCUUUGGAAACAGGGCUGGCGAGAUGGCUCACCAGUUAAGAGCACUGACUGCUCU